ACCUCUGGCUCCCAAGCUCUUUCCACUGAGCCACAGUCCCGCCCACGCUCUUUCCUGAACUCCAGUGUCCACCUGGAGCUCGAGGCGGGGGCCAGGGCGGCCCUCCAACGGUCGCUGCGGCAACGAAGGGCAACAUGGAGGCCGGACUGGCCGAGAACGGGUCCCCGGGCUCGCCGCCCGACUCCGGGGAGCAGCUCGUCGCCGCCCGGCCAUCCUCGCCGUCGCCCCCGAAGCAAGACGGGACCGGCCCGGCCCGGGACCCCACCCGACCCCCGGACCCCGGGGCCCCGGACCUGCGGCAAGGCCGGGAGGCGGGACCGAGCCCGGGGACGCUGUGGGAGCCCCAGCGCCGGGGUCGCUGCUUGAUCUAUAACUGGCAGGAGGAGAGAGCCACCAGUGAACUAGACCACGUUCCGAGCCCCUGGGACGAGAGCGAGGGCUUCUACUUCCGACACGGCCACCGUGGGCUCCUGAGCAUGCAACUUUGCCCCACGUCCGCCAGCACCACCCACCGUGACUCCUUCCAGCCCCCGAGGCUUGACUGCAGGCCCAUGCAUGGCCAGCGAGAAGCAAUGCUGGGACUUCUCUUCUAUCACCAGUUCCAAAAGAAAUCUGAGGAUGAAUUGUACCAGGCACCAGAGCCCCCAGAAUACAGGUCGGUUACCCACCGGGACUAUCAGCAGGCAGGCACCUUGCUACGGUCCCCCACUCCCUCACAGCCCCACUAUUACCAGCUGGAGGAGCCAGAGACCUACUGGUUUCAACGGGCCAAGGACAUCAGGGGAGUCGGGACCAUCCAGGGGUUGAAACCCUCAUUCCGGAGGAACAGCAGCUUCACCACUCCUGUGCCCCUGGCUCUGAGUCACCACUUGCCCUAGAUCCUCAAGAACUAAUCUCCCUGUGCCCUCCCUGUGACAGACAGACACACACACACACACACAAACCCCCCACCCCAUCCUCCAGGAUUUGGGGGAGCAGAGCAGAUUGAGAAAGAGUGAAAGAGUUGGAUCAAAAUAAACACUUUCCCCUGCUGCAGA